UCUUCCCACUCUUUCCUCUCCUGCUCCCACAUACCCUCCCCUCCAUUUCUCUCCUCUCUUUUCUCUCUCUCUUUCUGCUGCCUCUCCCCCCCUCCCCUCACUGCUUUCUGCUCCCUCCUCCUCCGCUCGCUCUCCUGCUCUGAGCUGCAGUAUAUGAGAGGGUCUCCUGGGUCUAGCUUCACUGCAGUGUAGAGAAGGGCAGGGCGGCUGUUUGAAUACGAUGCGCUGAAGGAUGGUGCACCAGGAGAAACGUGUUUACCAGGUGCGUAGAUUUGUGUCUCUAUGUGUUCAUGAUUCUUAAGCCAUUGUACAUGCAGCUGAUGAUUUACAGGUAUCUGUGAUUGGGAUCCAUCCUUGAUGAGCAGCUGUGGAUGAAGCAGCCAUGAUGGACGGGUGGAUGUGUGAUUGUAAGGGGAUGUGGGUGUGUUCGUCUACCAUCCAUGCCUGUUUACCUGUGAUUUUUACAUCUGAAUGGUUUUAUCCCUUUCAUUGAUACAAUCAUAUGGUAUGCUUUGUGGGGGUUUUUUUUGUAAUUAAAUUUUACAUCAAAGAAAGAGAUCAUAAGGUGCUUUGGAUACACCUUGUACUUUCAUUUAUAGUUUUUGAUAGGUGUGUAUAUGUGAAUUCAUGAUGGAACACAGCCUGCUAGUAAGGGGGUCACGCGGCUGUCUGAAGUGGAUAAGCACUGGUUAUGUGAACGAAGGGGAUCAACAGUGAUUGAUGCAUUUACAUCACAGCCUCACAACAAUCUAAUAUUGCAUGGCAAAAAAGACGAGACAGGGGUGUUCAGCCUGGUCUGGUUUUGAGGCUGACAUGUGGGAGACACAUCCCAAAAUUUGGAGGUGUUAUACAAAAGCGUCUGAAUGAACUGUGUGCGUCACAGACUCACGCGCACACACACGGGGGGGCCUUGGGAUACGUGGGUACGGUGAACAACGUACGAUGAAAAUACUGUCAGCAUGGUGCAAGACUGAGAAAUCAUGACAAGCUGUUUCAUAAUCCUCCACAUCAGCUCAUGACAACUAAACUGUGAGACUGCAAGAGUUUAGAUUUGCACAACAGAAAUGAUCGAAAAAGUGUUUGUGGUUGAGAAAAAGGACAGAAAAAGCUGAGACUGAGAGAAAAUGAUUCAGCAUAGCACAAAAGCUAAUGAGCUGGAAGAAGACACAGUAGAGGAUGAGGAAAAAAAAGGAGCAAAUAAAAGUAGGACAGUGAAAACGCUAGACGCUGUAACAAAAGCAAAUCAACGCUUCUGUUCUCACAGAAACAAAUGGAAGGAGAGGAGAAAAUCCUUUUAAGGGAAAGAUUGGCUCGUUUGUGAGUCUGUUAAAAAGAUGGCAGAAUGACUUGGCAUUGUGGACCAUCAGGACUUUUAUAGUCAAUUUUACAGCAGAUAUUGGCAACUGUUUUGACAAAAAAAGAGCACAAAGAGAAUUUUUCAUAUUUAGAUCUGGUAGUUUGACUUGGAUCUCACGUACAAAAACUUGAACCCAUCUUGAAUGUGGGUGUUUUGAUUGCCUUGACUCUGUUAAUGACCAUAUAAUCUGUCUAAUUCAUUCAUUUGUCCAUUUUCAAUACCAGUCUACGUACAAUAUAUCUUAUGAUAUAUUGUAUGUAGAUUCUGAACAGGUUGUCAGACCUAAAAAUAGACAAACAUGUCUUGAUGUGUAUCUGAAUGAGACUUCAUAUGAAGUCUAUUGUCCCAUGUCUGCUUUUCAAAUUUAACAAUUGUUCCGUUUUCUGCGUGUCAGCCUAAAAACUAUUUGCACAUUUAGAUUCAUAAUUUCAAGGUUAUCUGAUGUUGAGAGUGGGAACAAGAGAGGAAUGAUGUUACAUAUGGAUCGGUGUCUAUGGCUGUUUUUAGAGCUAAUUUUAUAGUGGGAGAAAAGAUAUUAUUCUUGAAAAGAGUUUAUAUUUUGUUAAUAUGUUUCUACAGUUGUGUUGACUGAAUCAUUUGUGAGGACACUGCUGGAUUAUCCUUUUGUGUGAAUGUAUCAAGCUGGAUUGUGUGACUUUGUUAAGCUAUUUCUUUAAUGAGCACAAUAUGUUCCUCCUCCUCCUCAUUUUCCCCCUCCUUCUUUUCCUUCCUCAUCCCCUCCUCUUAGCCAGACUGUGCAUAAUUUUGGGGGCGAUACAUGUACUCAUAAUUUUAAUGCAAUACCAAACUACUCUCCCAGUUUAAUUUUGAAUAAUUAUUGCUCGGUCAAAUAAGAGGUGGACUCCCAGCAAUAGAAAUAGUAUUUUAUUGACAUUCUUUAUAUUCAUGUGUUUUCUCUUUUUUUCUGGCAGGCCCAGAGGAAUGACAGAGAGUCCAUCAGGCAGAAACUUGCCCUUGGCAGUUUCUAUGACGACGAGCCAGUCAUCUAUACCAGCUGCAGCAAAAACGGCCCGUCCUCCCGGUGGGUUUUUUGAUCAAGUGUUUUAACUGUGUUACCGUUUGAUCAGUUUAGCCUUUUGAAGCCUGGCACCGAUAUUUGUGUCUCAACCUCUGACAGCCGACACUUCAGAUCUUAAGAUGUUGACGCAAAAUGUAUUCUUAGCUGGUUGGCAGGGAAACAAUGAGAUACGCCCUAGAUAAAAUGAAUUAUUGAUUCACUGCAAACAUUCAUCUAUUUUAAUCUCAGGGUUUUAAAUGUGCAAUUGGUUUCUGCAGAUGUAAUGCCUUGCUUGAAUAAAGACCCUCCCUAUACUGGCUGGUUAACCGUGUCGGUCAUACUGACAAACCAGACUAUCAAUACUAGUCUGUCCAAUCUUCCUUGUAUGGGUCUUAAUUGUUUGCUCCUUUGAAAACCUGAGUUGGUUUUCAAAGCUUUUGUUAAGUUGACGAUACGAUCCCAGCGCAGGGGUGUUAUAUUCUCAGUUUUUUAGCUUCUGUAAGACUGAGCUUAACAAAAAAUCCAGGCCAGGUGAGGGAGCUGUUCAGUACAGCUCAGUUUAUCUGUUAAUUAAGAAUAAUAAAUAAAGAAAACACAAAGAGAAAGAGAAAGAGUAUCUGAAACAAUGAAAGGUUUCACGGAAAGCCACACUACAGUCAGCCCUGGGGAAGUGACAUUAAACCAAAUGUUUACUGAAGUGUCCUCACAAGCAGAACAUAGACACUGAGGUAUAGAAAGACUGGCUGCAGAGGAGGUGGCACAGUGGUUAACCUUUUUUGCGUAAUGUGUUGUUCAAACAGAAACUCAGCAAUUCCCAUCUUUAUGAGUCAGAAAGAUGUGGAAAUAAUCACCACAGGAUAGAGUUUGGGCAUUGCAUGAAAAUAAGGCAUUUCCUAUUUCUGUGUGUGUAACUUCAGAUAUGAGUAUGACAUGUAAAUAGGCUUUUUUUUUUUCAUUAUUCACACCUGUAUCUCAUUUUGUCUUUAUUUUUUGUCUCACAUUUAAAUCUAUCAUUUCACUUUUUUAAUUGUAGUUUCUCCACUAGUCUGUCAGUCACAUCAGAGCAGUGUGGCCCAUACAAAGGGAUAUUUAUAUUCAUGAUGUGUAAACAUUUUUAGAUGAUUCUAUGAUAAUGUCAAAUGAAACACACUUUGACAAUGAAAAAAAAAAAACUCAAAUUCAAAGUAAAGGGAAAAGUUAUUGCACAAACUUUGAUAUUUCAUGUUGGUUAUUUGGUUUUGAGUACCAACAAACACAUGCAAACUCACAGCUUCAACAUAAUUUGGCUUCUUUUCUUCAUGAGUUUUGACCCCCGGUCACUUUCUGUCACUUUUUUUAAUGGAGUGGGUGUUAAGUUCAAACACGCGUCUGGCCUCUGUUUGUGGAAGUGCAGUUACUACAUGUGCUCUUGAAAGAAGAAGUGUCUAUUACUAGUCUGGGGCUACGAUUAAAACCAUGUGACCUCCAGUGGAGGUACAGGUGCAGCCACUGGGAUGAGGUUAUGUGGAAACUCCCAACACUUCCCUGUUAGGCCUAUGAGGUCCUGCUACACAUUACUGCUCUCACCUUAGCGUAAUGGGAGGUUACUCUUUAUUGUUUGACUCUCUCAGUCACUGUCAUAGUCUGUGAUUAAAAGAAUGGAGCUUUGAGUUCUUGGAAAAGCUGAGGUUUGAGGUUGACAGGUGUGAAAGGACACGUUAUUUCUGUGGCUUAAAUUGUUUCACUUAAGUUUUCACUGGCUUCUAUUCAUGAUGAAGUAACCUGUACACUUCCUGUGUUGACACCAAAAAAGUACCUGAUUAACCUCCAAAUUGUCAUACUAUUGCAGGGAUGCCGUCAAGAUUCACUUUCGUGUAUAAUCACCUAAAUAUCAAAAAUAAUUUGCUCUUGUUCACUAAGAAUAAGCUGUUCAUGUCUGCAAAAGGAGCAGGCUUCUUUCUGUAGCCAUCUGCACCUCUAUGCAUCUACUGUAGCACAGAAUGGACAAACUGUAUAGCCUAUGGUUUCUUAUGUACCGACUGGGUGGAAUAAGAAGGGAGUGAUUGUUGUGCACAGAGCAAUUUGCUCAAAGACAUUUUUUUUUUACCAUAAAAAUUGGACAAAUAGAGGGUCAUACUUAUCCAGCAUCAAAGGAGCUUGUUGUCCAUGAAGGCCGCUGUUGCUUCACCUACAGGAGGGAUGAGCAAAGUAGUGUUUGAAUCAAGAAUCCCACCACUAGAUACUGUACUGUAUAUUUCCACUUCUAUACGCUAUGUUGUUAAAGGUUAGGCCCUUUGCAGGUGCAGCAGUGGAAAAUACUUACAUUCAAAUUUCCCUGAAUUUGAAUAAAAGGGUCCAAGUGAAAUGAAAUGACAAUGUUAGUAUGACAAUCUCUAUUCUCUGUCUUUUUUUUUGAUGUCUUAUAAUUUCAUAUUUUUGUGAAUAAUAGGAACUCUCCAGCUCGCACAUUUUGGGGUUUAUUCUUUUAAAGUUGUAAUUGUUUUUCGGUGUAUAAACAAAAUCCAAUCAGGGUUCUGUGUUUUAUCUCCAACUAAUGAUCAACACUUCAUUUCUCAUGUUAUUCACUGUUUGUGUUUCUCCUCUCAGGCUCCAGAGUGGAGUGAACCUCCAGGUGUGUUUUGUGAAUGACAGCAGCAGUGACAAAGACAGCGAUGCUGAAGACAGCAGGACAGAGACCAGCCUGGACACCCCACUUUCCCCCAUGGUACGUGAACAGUGUAGUGUCUUUUUAACCACUUUGUUUCUGUUUUACUCCGCUUCUCUCGUUAACUUUUAAAACCACCACGUGCAAGACCACAAUGGCUGUUAUGUCAUCAAAUUACUUCCUCUGUAGAGCAAGCAGAGCUCAUCCUUAUCAGACCGAGACACCGCAGAGGAAGACUCGGACCCGCUGGAUGACUGCAGCGGGUUCUGGCGGGUGCAGCGGAGGUUGCAGGAGGAGGCUCGGGUGGCGUUGGCACUGGCUCGACCCAUGGCUCGCAUGCAGGUGGAGGUGGAGCGGCAAAUCCAACUGCACAGACGUUCACCUGUGGCUGAUUUGGUUAGUCUGUGAAAAAGAGAAACUCGGGUCAGGAAACUGUGUGCGCGUGUGUGUGUGUGUGUGUGUUAGGAUUCCUGAAAUUCCCACUCCCAUUAGAAAAGGUGAUUCCAGGUAAAAUCACCUAAGGAGAAAAGUGAAAGUAGAAUCACUAACUGUAAGUCUGUGUUACAGCAAAGUACAAUAAAAAUAAGCACAAGGGACUUACACAGCCUCAACUAUUUGUUUGUGCUUGUGUCACACACAAUAGGUGAAAACCCAUUAAUUCUGAGUAAAACAAAAGGGCAACAAAUGUGUCCCACUGAUGCUUGAUACUCGACCUUUGCAAACCCAGAUACUCAGCUGACUUUGAUCUAUGUUCAACAAAUAGAUUUACAACAUUUUGAGACAAUUGCGGUGAUUUCUUCUAUGUGUUUCUGUGUGCAGCUCCCUCACCUGCCUCACAUCAGUGAAGGCUUAAUGAAGAGGAAUCUGAGGCGAGGGGACAUGAGGGACAUGAGUCUAGGACAGCUGCAAGUCAUCACAAACGACUUGCACUCUCAGAUUCAGAGUGAGUGAGCAAACACAGAUAUACCCACAAAUGAAUAAAUAAAUAAAAAACAAGAUUAGCAAGGAAUUAAAUAUAAAAAAAAUAUCUAAUGAUAUUAUUCAUUAAAAACUAUCUACUUCAUUAACUUCUCUCUCUGAAUCCAACCAAGAUCUAAAUGAGGAGCUGGUGCAGCUGCUGCUGAUGAGGGAUGAGCUACACGUGGAGCAGGAUGCCAUGCUGGUGGACAUAGAGGACCUCACCAGGUUAACCUCCUUCCUCUCACUUUAUAUCAAAUAGAUUUUUAAUGUAGUUUCUAUUCAGUGCAAAUGUUAACAGAGUUCUUGUCUUUUAUUGAAACAGGCACGCUCACAGCCAUCAGCGACACCAGUCAGAGAAAGCUUUGUCUAAAUAAACACCCUGACUUCAUGUGUGUGUUCAUCUGCACGCCAUCUUACCUCCUGCUCUACGGACUGUCUGCAGUGUUACUAAUAAACUCCAUCUGUGCUGACUUUUUGUGGAGAGAUGAAUCUACAUGUCAUUAUAAUAUUAACACACAAACACACACGUAAUGUAUUUCACCACAGGAUGAAAGCAGAAGAGUUAGCUUCACUCUGUAUGGUUUGUGUAGAUUUUUUCACUUCCCACUCAGCACGAUUUAAUCGCGCAUUAUUUCAUAGCAUUAGGAGAAUCCUCUUCUUUCCUCCUCUCUAUGAUUUUGCACAGUGACUUCUAGAGGCCACUACUGUCUUUAAUUUGUCUCGAGAGGAUUGACCUGUUCAUCUGUAGACUCGCUCUGUUCACGUUUUUUUUUAUCAUUUCUGUCACAGAGAGCACUGCACCAUCACUGUUUAGUACUGGGGUUCACUGUAAGACAUUUAUCGUCUGUCUGAGCUGUUGCAAUAAAAAAAAAAGAAAACGAUAAACACCCUGAGCUGAGUCACAGCCAAGCUUCAAGGUGUUUUUAAGAGGCUGAGAAACUAUAAGGAUCAUUUGGACAAAAUAUUAGAUAUACAUGAAUUGCUGCUUGCAGAUGCAUUUAGAGGAAUUGAUUAAAAGUUUAAGAGAAUUAAUAAAAGUGCUAUAUGGACAAAUGACAGCAAAUCAAAUUAAAUAUCAUAUAGUUACAUUAUUGGGCUAGAAGAAGCAGAAGUGGAGACAUGUUGACACCAACAGCCCCUAAAAAAAGCAUUCAACUUCUUUUGUUACGCUAAAUUUACUACAGCUAAACAUAAUAAAUAUAUAAAUGAAUUACAGCAUACACAUAUAUCUAUUUUAUCUGUUCAGAGAGUGGAGCUUUAUGGACGUACUGUAUUUAAAUGUCAAAAGAUACUUUAUUAAAGGAUGAAAAACAUGCCUUGUUGGCUGUAUUUAAAUGUUUUCACUUGCACCUUUUUAAGAAUGUCACUUAACACAAAGUUUAACUUUCUUUUUAUAUUGUACGCUUCAUGAUAAAUGUACUGUAAGAUGAUUGUAAAAAAAAAGAAAGAAAGAAAAAUUCCGGUAAUAAAUGUUUUACGUGUCUGAAUCAACUUUUCA